AUGACAGUCAACCCGGACCAAGACUUCAAAAUUGCCUACAAGGUCAUCUCCAUCACCAACAAGACGCACAGGACCGCCUACCCGGCCAUUUCUCCCUCCCGCCCCGUCCUCUCCCAGGCCGGCCGGACCGUUCUCAUCACCGGCGGCAGCGGGGGCGUUGGCUACGGCAUUGCCCUUGCUUUUGCGACCGCCGGAGCUGCCAGGGUCAUCAUCGUCGGCCGUGACCCGGCCAAGCAACAGGCCGCUGCUGAGAGUCUCGCCCGGGAUGCCGGCCCGGGUUCGCACACCAAGUUCGAGGGCAGGGCCGCCUCACCGGCAAACCCCGAGGACAUCGACGCCCUGUGGGAUACCCUGAACGCCGAGGGUGUGCUUGUCGAUGUGCUCGUGCUGAAUGCCGCCGUAACGGGCAAUGUCGUGCAGGACUCUCUGUGGACGGCGGGCUGGGAAUUCACCUGGGAGCAGUUCAUCGUCCACGUUCGCUCCACCAACCACUACAGCGAACGAUUCUGGAAGCAAAAUGGAGAGAAAAGGAAAUACCUCGUCAAUGUGUCCACUUCCGCCAUCCACGACUUUGAAGCGGGAAAGGCUACCAAAGCCUACGCAUUGACCAAGAACUCGGGAAUGCUCCUGAUGCAGCAGCUUGCACGCGACACGCCCGUCGACAAGAUGCAGAUUGUCAGCUUCCAUCCCGGUGCCAUAUUGAGCCCUGGCGCGAAGAGUAGCGGUGCGGAUGAGAACAGUCUGUACUGGGACGACAUCAGCCUCCCCUCCUCGGUCGCCGUCUGGGCGGCUUCAGACGAGGCAGCGUUCCUGCACGGUCGAUUUAUAUGGUCGGCAUGGGAUGUUGAAGAGCUGCAGAAGGGGCCGCUCCGAGAGCGCAUAGAGACGGAUGACAAGUUUCUGCGAAUCGGCGUUCACGGCCUGUGA